AUGGCCAAGGGACUGCGACCGCGCGUCGAACAGGAAGCCAACCUGAAGAAGCUGGAGGAGGAAAUCAAGGACCUCGAGCGCGAGAGCGAGACAUACGGUGUGACGUGGCGCGAGCGGAAGGAGCAGUUCAGCAAGAUCAUGGACGAGGGCAUGUUGCUGCGCCGGCAGAUUCGUGACGAGAAGGAGGAAGUCGAGAGACGCGAGGGCAUGAACGAGGACGAGGAGGAUGGCGAGGCCUCCAGAGGAGGACAGACACCGCGACACGUCUCUAGUGGAAACGUCACGCCGCACCCCGAUAGUGGCGCCAUAUCAAGAGCGACACCGGGUCAAGACGGCCAGUCGGAGGAUCAGUCAGAGGGUUUGAAGCCGCGACCUGGUGGUUUGGGAAGCUUCUCGCGGUCUGGAAGCGCCGUACCAAGCCAAGGCGGCACGCCUCGUCCCCAGCCUGAUGAUGACGAGAUUGAGGAGGGAGAGGAUGUUGAGAUGGACGACCGGCAAGACACCCAAGUCACUUCUGGAGGCGACACACCUCAGAUCACAGUGGAUGCACCGGACAGCAUGGAAGUUGACAAUUAG